AUGCUCAAAGUCCAACUUUGUUUGAUUUCUUUUUUUCUCUGCUCAACUACAUUCAUCGCGCUAACAGUUGCAGAUGCAGAAGGAUCCUACCUGUGGGAACGGACACAAACCAACGAAACCAAUAAUUAUGCUCGAAUAAUUGAGCUCCAGCACGCGGGAGAUCUCAGUGGCAGACUACUUGCUACAUGGGAACAUCACUAUACGCAUGGUCCACAGACAAUUACCCCCGAUGGGACCCCUGGCAACUUCAUUAUCCGCAAGAGCGACGACAAAGGUCUCACAUGGGAAACCUUGGCGAAAGUACACGAUACUCGGACGACCAGCGGGUACCCGUUUGCUGUAUUCUACCAACCAUUCCUCUUCGAGUACCCUCAGCAGCUCGGCAAGUACCCACCAGGUACUAUACUAUUAGUCGGAAACUUGCUGCCUGCCAACUGCUCCGAGUUUGCGGGUGAGUUUUUCGCAUGGAGAUCAAAAGAUCAUGGGAAGACCUGGGACUCGGUGGGAGUAUGGCAACGUGCCACGAGAGAUGGGGGCAUCUGGGAACCAUUUCUAUAUCUGGACAAUCGAGGCCGACUUAUAGCAGUGUUCUCGGAUGAACGUAAUCAUGAAAGCCAUAGUCAAAUGCUGGUUCAUGUCGUUUCUGAUGACGGAGGUGAUUCUUGGGGAGAACCCAUUGGAGCUGUCGUUAGCUCUGACCAGCUCGACCGGCCAGGAAUGGCUACCGUGACGAAGAUGGGCAAUGGAGAGUACAUCAUGAGUUAUGAGUUCUGUUUUGACUAUUGUCGGGCGCAUUACAAGACCUCCAAGGAUGGCUUUGAUUGGCAUGCCAGGGAUGUCGGAACCGCAAUCUCUACCGCGGACGGCCUUUAUCCUGCACAAAGUCCGUAUAUAGUUUGGGAUUCAUCAACACAACAAUUGGCGCUCGCCAGUCAAGUGGUACGAUAUUUUUCCGACAACAAUACUGCCGAACAACAAAAUCGGAUCAUAUUCACCAACACAAACCAGGGGAGUGGCUUCUGGUCGUGGUCUCCAUCUCCCUGGACUGUGGGAUUGGGUGCAUCCGGUUGUGCAAAUUACAGUCCCCACCUCAUCCCAAUGGGGAAAGGGAUUGUUCGCUAUACAGCCCCCUCCACCGAGAAUGAGUCUCAGUUCUGCUCUGAACGCACGGGAGCAGCACCCGUCGCUGUUCUGCCUUAUAAAGCUAAUUUUUCCUCCGAAGGCCAGGCAGGUUGGAUUGAUUUCAGCGGGAACUGGACCGUUUUGGACGGCGAGUAUCGGUUCGCACAGGUUGACGGCAAAGAGGCAAUCGCUGUUACAGGUUCCUCCGCGUGGAAUGAUUAUAUAAUUAGCGCUGAUGUCAUGGUCACCGGUUCUGACAGCUCAGUCGGCCUGUAUGCAAGAGUCUCAGCUGCAGCUACGGGUCUCAAUAAGCUCAAGGGAUAUACAGCGACAAUCAACACGACUUCUGGUGAGCUUGGUAUUUGGCAACAUGACGAGAGCCUGAGAGUAUUACAUUCAGAGGUGCACACGGAAGGCAUUAGCAGCAAUCAAUGGUAUCAGCUGUCUCUGAUUGUAAAUUCUACCGAGAUUACCGCAACACUCGGCAAAGCCCAAAGCGAGCCGAAGACCAGCUUCACUGUCACAGCUACCGACUUGGGGGAAGGCAUGGCGGGUUUGUUUGGCAGGAAUGGCGGUGGACGUUUCAAGAAUGUGGAGAUUGCGGCUUAA